CCCUCUGCCUCGAGGUAAAGAGAUUUAGCGUGUUCAGAUUUAAUUCUUACUCACUCGUUUUCAUUUACCAGAACCACUACAAGAGCUAAGGAGGGCCGAGGCAGUGGGAAGGAUGCUGAGAGCCCGUCGCUCUACCAGCCCUGUCAAAGGGGUAUCUACCCAUCGCAGUCCCACCAGACACUCUCCUGUUAAAGGUGGCACAUAUGAUUCAGAGCUAAUGAGGGUGUUGCGGGAAAGAGAUGAACUCCAAAACAUGUUGGAGAAACACGAACGACAUCUUUCAGAGAUCCAGGCCAAUAUUAAAGUGCUCACAGCCGAACGGGACAAGACCAAAAUGCACUACCAGCAGGCUCAAGAGGAGAUAGCAGCUCUACGGAGAGAGGUUAUGAAGUCAAAGGCAGCGCGAGGGCCCAAGAGCAGCGUGACCCCUCAGAGUAUCCUGAAGCGAGUGGAGGCCGAACGGGAUGAGGCCACAGCAGACCUCAACCGCAUGACCACAGAGAGAGACUGCCUCAGAGAAAGACUCAAGAUCUCUCAGGAGACAGCCAUCAGCGAGAGAGCUCACCUGGAGCAGAGGGUGGAGGACCUGCAGGCUGCUGUACUCACACUGGAGCUGGAGCGGGGGGAACAGAGAAGCAGGCAAGCUCAGAUGAGGGAGACCAUGAUGGGUCUGGAAGAGGAAGUUCACACGCUCGGGCGAAAGCUCAGUGCCAGUGAGGAAGAACUCGCCCACUUCAGAAAUGAGUGCAGCAGCCUCAGACUGGAAAAUACUCAGGUGGAAAGUUGUCUGAGUGAGAAUCAGCGGAGACUGACCAGCAGGAUUGGAGAUCUACAAAACGCCCAGGAGAGAAAUCAAAUAAUGGAUGAGAAGAACAACUCUCUCCAGAGGCAGGUGUCCGCACUGCGAGAGGAAGUGAACACACUGAGAGGUACAAUCUCAGAGCUGGACCAGCAAAGAGACACACUGCAGGAACAGCUGGAGAAAAAAUCUGAUCUGCUCAGCACAGCAAAUGACCAGCUAGAUGACAAGGAGAAAACCAUUAGGAUUUUUGAAGCUGAGAACCGAGGGAUCUUGAGACGAGCUCAAGAGGAGAUAGCAGCUCUACGGAGAGAGGUUAUGAAGUCAAAGGCAGCGCGAGGGCCCAAGAGCAGCGUGACCCCUCAGAGUAUCCUGAAGCGAGUGGAGGCCGAACGGGAUGAGGCCACAGCAGACCUCAACCGCAUGACCACAGAGAGAGACUGCCUCAGAGAAAGACUCAAGAUCUCUCAGGAGACAGCCAUCAGCGAGAGAGCUCACCUGGAGCAGAGGGUGGAGGACCUGCAGGCUGCUGUACUCACACUGGAGCUGGAGCGGGGGGAACAGAGAAGCAGGCAAGCUCAGAUGAGGGAGACCAUGAUGGGUCUGGAAGAGGAAGUUCACACGCUCGGGCGAAAGCUCAGUGCCAGUGAGGAAGAACUCGCCCACUUCAGAAAUGAGUGCAGCAGCCUCAGACUGGAAAAUACUCAGGUGGAAAGUUGUCUGAGUGAGAAUCAGCGGAGACUGACCAGCAGGAUUGGAGAUCUACAAAACGCCCAGGAGAGAAAUCAAAUAAUGGAUGAGAAGAACAACUCUCUCCAGAGGCAGGUGUCCGCACUGCGAGAGGAAGUGAACACACUGAGAGGUACAAUCUCAGAGCUGGACCAGCAAAGAGACGCACUGCAGGAACAGCUGGAGAAAAAAUCUGAUCUGCUCAGCACAGCAAAUGACCAGCUAGAUGACAAGGAGAAAACCAUUAGGAUUUUGAAGCUGAGAACCGAGGAUCUUGAGACGACUCUAAUUGUGCUAUGUUUACCAUCCAGAUCUCUGAAGGAGACCGUAGCUGGCAGAGAAAGAGAGCUAGAUGUUCUGAGGAGGAAGUUGUCAGACUCUGAAAAAGAAAUGGGUGCAGUGAUGAAACUCAAACAUGCCACGUUGCAAGAGAACGGUCAGCUGAAGGAUGACCUUGACAAAGCACAUCUGGAAAUUCAGACUCUACAGCUCAAGCUGGAUGAAACUAACGAGGAAUUAGAAGACUUGCAGAGAAAAGUACAAGAUCACGUUUCUGACAUUUCACGCACUGAAGAUCUUUUGUCUGCUAAGGAACGCGAGUGUAGGGAACUGCAAGAGGCUCGAAGGAAAGUGUCUCUUCAGGUGGAAAGCUGGGAGGAACAGGCCCGGCGUGCUGAAACCACUGUCAUCGAACUCCGCCUUGAGAUUCACAACUCUAACAUAGAGAUACUUCGACUCAAGGAAAGAGCAGAUAGCCUGGAGAACAGCUUGCAACAGGCACUGAGUGCAGAGCGAAGCUGUAAUAGUCAGCUGUCUCAGCUGAACCGAAAGAUGAUUCACAUGGAGGAAGAUCUGCGUCAGGCCCAGACUGAGCGCACACAGUUGCAGACUGACCUGGAAAAAACACGAGAGCUCUGUGUCAAACUGGAUGCAGGCAAAGAGAAUGUGCAGCGUGAGCUGGAAUCAAGCCGCUCUGAGGUGGAGAUGUUACAGAAGCAGCUGACCGGUGAACGUCUGUCUGUUCAGACUUUGGAGAGCCUGCUGGUGUCGUCGCGAGAACAGGACUUACGGAGGCAGCUCACCUCUCAGGAAAGACACACAGAUAUACAAAUUCUCAAGGAUAAACUCAGCAUGGCUGACAGCAAAGUGAGUUCUCAGAGUAGGGAAAUGGCUCAUCUGAGGACACGGUCCGCUCAGCUGGAGGCAGAUCUUGAGAUGACGAAGAGACACCUGUCUACUGAGCGCGUUGAAAGGGAGCGAGCAGUACAGGAGCUGCGCAGGCAGGGUCUCUCAGCUGUUUCUCCCGUCCUCUCCUCCACUAUGCGCUCCUCAUCCACUUCCCGCCAUCGGUCUCUGAGUCCUCAAAGAUCAUGUUCUCCAGAACGCUCUCAUAACGGCACACCUGACCCACUGCUUAUGUCCGACUACGACAGGAAUCUGACGUUCAGAGACCUUUAUGAAUGAGAAGAUCUGAAUCCUCCAAUCAUCCAUGUUUUGGCUGGAUUUACUAACUUCAUCUGCUUGAAUUCUCUCUGAAGACAAUCAAGAUCUUAUAAGAUUUACUGUGAUGUCAUGUUUUUAAUAAAUCAGUCUUUUCGUACUAUAAUUUUUACUGUUUUGCUGAAACUGACAUUGAUGCACACAUGUUGUAAAUAGUUUUGGAGUGGUUGGAUGAUAAUGGAUUUAUGUAUGUUACACAUAUUUCUACAAAAAUUGUAUUCUGCUUGAUUGAUUUUUUAUUAGUUUUUUUUUGUAUUUAUUCAGUGUUGCCAGGCAACCUCUAGAAUAAAAAAAAACGAUCUUAAA